AUGUGCAAAAUUUGUGAUGAUAAACAUGCAAUUUGGGAAUGCGAAAAGUUCAAAUCCAUGGCAGUAAGUAAAAGAUGGGAACAAGCAAAGUUUCAUCAUCUAUUUUAUUGUUGUUUAGAAACGAACGAAAAAAAUGAAGAAACAAUUCUUCUUACCAAGUUUUCACGCAAAGAUCAAAGUCAAGAUGUGGCUAUGAGAACUUUACCUGUCGUUUUAACAAAUGGGAAACUGUUGAUAAAAGUUAACGCUCUAUUGGAUGAUGCUAGUACCCAAACUUAUAUAAACAGAGAUGUAGCUGCAGAACUUGGAUUACAAGGAUUAAUGAAAGAAAUUACAAUUAGUGUACUCAAUGGUAGAGUAAACACAUUUCAAACAAUGCCGGUUGAAUUUCAGUUACAAAGCAUUGGUGGUAAAUUGAAAAAGAAGAUAAAUGCAUUAACAGUUGAUAGAGUUAAGAGUAACAUAUUGGGACAGCAACCGAUCGUAGAUAUUCUUAUUGGAUUGGAUAACGCUGAGCUUCACUCAUCAAAAACAGAAAUUAAAGUGCGCACUGGAAAUCUAAUAGCACAACUUACGCCACUAGGAUGGACAUGUGUUGGGGCGCUUGGACGUACUCAAAUUCAUAGUUAUGAAUUUGGUGGAACGUCAAGUUCUUUUGUUUCGUCAAAAACUCGUGUCGCCCCAUUAAAUUCAGUUAGCAUUCCAAGAUUGGAGUUAAUGAAUGCAGUAUUAGGAUUGAAACUUGCGCUCUCCGUCAUAGAAGCUUUGCCUUGCACAAUAAAAAUGGAGAAUGUUAUAUUCUGGUCGGAUAGUUUGAAUACGUUAUCGUGGAUUAAAAAUCCAAGUAGAAAAUUUGAGACCUUCGUUGCAAACAGAGUUGGAGGAAUCCAGUCUCAUUCAAAAAACUUGUGGUGGACUGGGCCUGAUUUCAUCCAACAAGAGGAAUCCCAAUGGCCAACAAAGGAAUUUAAAGAAAUCGAAUACAAAUUAAUUCUAGAAGUAAAAAAUAUGGCUAUUAAAUCCGAAAAAAAUAGCGAUAGCUGGCGUUUGGAACCAAUUCGCCACCCAAGUUGGAGAAGGUUAACACAAAUUUUAGCCUGGGUACGAAGGUUCCAACAUAACUGUUUUAAAAAAUGUUUAUCAUCAGUAACACUCUCAACGGAAGAAGUUAAUGAUGCAGAAAUAGAAUUAAUUAUAAAUGCUCAAAAAAGAACAUAUGCACAAUCAGUUGAUAAAUAA